CGUGAGGAGAGUCGCUUCCUCUCGCGAGGCUUGCCGGGGCCUGGAGGCAGAGGCGCGAUGGCGGCGGAGUGGGGCCGGCGCCAGGAAGAAGAAGAGGGAGAGCGGGCCGAGCAGCGCGGGAGGCCCUUCCGGAGGCGGAGAGCGAGGCAGGCCGGGGGCCCCGCCGGACAGGGACAGGCCUGCGCCUGAGGGAGGAAGGAAGGAAGGAGUCCGCCAUGAGCCAAGGCAGCGGAGGAGGAGGAGGAGGGGAGCCCGAGGCCAAGGCCCUCCACACCAAGAGGCUCUACCGAGCGGUGGUGGAAGCCGUGCACAGACUGGAUCUCAUUCUUGGAAACAAGGCAGCGUAUCAAGAAGUCUUCAAGCCGGAGAACAUCAGCCUGAGAAACAAGCUCCGCGAAUUGUGUGUGAAGCUCAUGUUCUUGCACCCAGUGGAUUAUGGGAGGAAAGCCGAGGAGUUGCUCUGGAGGAAGGUUUACUACGAAGUCAUCCAGCUCAUUAAGACAAACAAAAAGCACAUUCACAGCCGCAGCACUCUGGAGUGUGCCUACCGGACGCACCUCAUUGCCGGCAUCGGGUUUUACCAGCACCUCCUUCUCUACAUCCAGUCCCACUACCAGCUGGAGCUGCAGUGUUGCAUCGACUGGACCCAUGUUACGGACCCCCUGAUUGGUUGUAAGAAACCGGUGUCUGCCUCGGAGAAGGAGAUGGAGUGGGCCCAGAUGGCCUGCCACCGGUGUCUGGUUUACCUGGGGGAUCUAGCUCGGUAUCAGAACGAAUUGGCCGGUGUGGAUACCGAAUUGCUGGCUGAGAGAUUCUACUAUCAAGCUCUUUCGGUUGCGCCGCAAAUAGGGAUGCCUUUUAACCAGCUGGGGACAUUGGCCGGGAGCAAAUUCUACAACGUGGAAGCCACCUACUGCUAUUUCCGCUGUAUCCAGUCAGAAGUGUCCUUCGAAGGGGCUUACGGGAACCUCAAGCGCCUCUACGACAAGGCGGCCAAAAUGUAUCACCAGCUGAAGAAAUGCGAAACCAGGAAGCUGUCGCCCAGCAAAAAGAGGUGCAAAGACAUCAAGCGGUUGCUGGUGAGCUUCAUGUACUUGCAGAGCCUCCUUCAGCCAAAAAGCAGUUCUGCGGACUCGGAGCUGACCGCUCUCUGCCAGUCGGUCCUGGAAGAUUUCAACCUCUGCCUCUUCUACCUGCCUUCCCCCAACCUGAGCUCCGCCAACGAGGAGGAGGAGGAGUGCGAGAGCGGGUACUCCUUCCUGCCGGACCUCCUCAUCUUCCGGAUGGUCGUCAUUUGCCUCAUGAGCGUCCACAGCCUCAAGAGAGCAGGCUCCAAGCAGUAUAGCGCAGCCAUUGCAUUCACGCUGGCCCUCUUUUCGCACCUCAUCAACCACGUCAACAUCCGCUUGCAGGCCGAGUUGGAAGAAGGCGAGAGCCCUGUCCCAGCUUUCCGGAACGACGGCACAGAGGAUCCAGAAGCCCGGGAAUCGCUGAACUCCAUGGAAAAGGAACCCGAGGCCGACUUGGCCAACCACCGGCCCAGCGAAGAGGAGAGGAAAGGCGAGAGCAAAAAGGGAAAGAAGUACUCGCGCCUCUCUUGCCUGCGGCGCCGGCGUCAUGCCCAGAAGGUCGACGAGAGCGACCUCAGCGAGGGCUUCGACUCCGACUCCAGCCCCGAUUCCACCAAAGGGAGCGAAGGGUCGGAAACCGGGUCGGAGAAGAGCGACGAGGAGGCCGAGACAGCGUUCGACGUGGAGACCGACUCGGACAUGAACAGCCAAGAGUCCCGCUCGGACUUGGAGGACAUGGAGGACGACGCUGACGGAGAAGGCCAAGUCCGGAGCGUGAAAAACGAAACCAAGGAGGUCCUGGAAAGCGAAGGCGGGGGGCCGCCGGCUGUGGACUCGAAAAGCCCCGCUGUGGCCAAGACCGAGGCCCCGGAACCCGUGACCAACGGGCCAAACUCUUUGGGGCCCAGCGAGGCCAGCAUCGCCAGCAACCUCCAGGCCAUGUCCACCCAGCUCUUCCAGACCAAGCGCUGCUUCCGCCUGGCCCCCACUUUCAGCAACGUCCUCCUCAAACCCAACUGUGAAUUGCCGGCCUUGAAAGAGGCCACCAGCAUCAAACCGUGCGUCAACGGAGAUGUGGAGAAGCCCAGCGUGGUCGAGCCAGACGACGUUUCCGAGUCGGAAGAGAGCAUCUCCAGCGGGAAAUCCUGCCGGAACGAGCGAUCCCUCCAGGAGAAGCUGGAGAUCAUCACCAACGAGGGGCUGCUCCCAACGGUCAAGGUGUUUCUGGACUGGCUGAGGACCAACACCGACCUCAUCAUCAUGUGUGCCCAGAGUUCUCAGAGUUUGUGGAACCGCCUCUCUGUCCUUCUGAACCUGCUCCCUUCGGCUGCGGAGCUGCAAGAUUCAGGUCUUUUCCUUGGCAACGAAGUCAAGAGCAUGCUUCCUGGGUGCGAAGUCCCGGAGCUGAGUGCCUGCCUGCUUCUCCCGGAGGACGUGGCCCUCCGCAACCUUCCUCCGCUCAGGAACGCCCACAAGCGCUUCAACUUUGAGCAGGACCGGCCUUGCCUCACGGACAUCGAGGAGUCGGUGGUCCGGCUGUGCUGCAUCCGAAGCUUUGGCCACUUCAUCACGCGCCUGCAAGGCAGCAUCCUGCAGUUCAACUCCGAGGUCGGGAUCUUCAUCAGCAUCGCGCAGUCGGAGCAAGACGGCAUGAUCCAGCAGGCCCAAGCCCAGUUCCGCAUGGCUGCCGAAGAGGCCCGCCGGAACCGGCUCAUGAGGGACAUGGCCCAGCUUCGGCUGCAGUUGGAGGUGUCGCAGUUGGAAGGCAGCCUCCAGCAGCCCAAGGCCCAGUGCGUCAUGUCUCCUUACCUGGUUCCGGACACCCAGGCCCUCUGCCAGCAUCUCUCCACAAUCAGGCAGCUUGCCGCCAGCGGGCGGUUCAUCGUCAUCAUCCCCCGGACAGUGAUCGACGGCUUGGACUUCCUGAAGAAGGAGAAUGCUGGCGCUCGCGACAGCAUCCGAUACCUCGAGGCUGAAUUCAAAAAGGGAAACAGGUACAUUCGCUGCCAGAAAGAAGUGGGGAAAAGCUUUGAGCGGCACAAGCUGAAGCGGCAAGACCUAGAUGCUUGGAAUCUCUAUAAGAUCCUGGACAGCUGCAAACAGCUGACCACCUCUCAAGGGGGCAGCGAGGAGGACACCACCGGGAUGGUGACCAUCAUCACGGGCUUCCAGCUGGAUGACCUGAGCAAGCUUUCGGCCCCCAUGCAGUCGGCCCUCCAAGCGGCGUCCAACGCCAGCGUCGAGAUCAAGAACGUCCUGGAGUUCUUCAAGCAGUGGAAGGAGAUGGGCUGAGGGCGGGAAGGAGGAGCCGCCGGGUUGGUCGAAGUUCUCUCUCCUCGUCGGACGCGCCGCGUUGGAACGGAGCCGCCGCCAAGCCACGGGUGACAUUUGGACGCGAAGCAGCCGCCGCCACCGCCGCCGCCUCAUCCACCGAAUCGAGCCACCGAACGGCAUGGGCAACGACGCCCUUUCCAUGCCCAUCCACACCAACAUAACCACACCGGACACCCCGAUGGCCUGGCAAUGAUGUCGGGUGGCCGGGAAGGUUCGAGGCCUCUCACCCAGAGCAUUGACAGACCCUGAGCGGGUGGGGAAAAGGGGGCUUCAUUCAUCGCCAGGGAGGGAAGAAAACCAAAAAGCUUGCUUGGUUCCUCGUCUCCCGAAAUCCACAGGGUGUUUAGUUUCCCUUUUCGUUUGCCCCCGGAGAGCCAGAUUUGAAGGAAGAGAGGCACGGCGUUUGGGAUUCGCGGUCGAGGCUCUUUUCGGGGGGCGGGAAAGGGCAAAGUUGGACACGUUUGCCAUUUAUUUUCACUCCUCGCGUGCAUUUCUUCUUCUUUUCCCUUGGUUGUUUUGUCCCUUUCCUGUAACAGGCUGGGAUCUUACGAUGCGAGAGAGAAACAAAGGAAUCCCUCUCAAAGGUUUUGUUAUUUUUUUUGCGCGGAGACGGAUCGGAGAAGGUGUAAAGCUUUUCCUGGCCUUUCCCUCCCUCAUAUGGUCAAAUCUCCUCUUUUUUGAGUGUUGUCACGGGAUUGAUUUCUCCCCCUUUAUGCCUCUCUUUCUCCCUUCCUUAAGGUUAAAGGAUUGUCCUGAUCACUCGUAUUUGUCUUCCUUCCUGGGGAAAAUGUGUAUUUAGGGGGUCAUCUCUCCCUUUGGGUUUUGCUUUGUCUCUUAAGGUAGGGUUGGCGUCCAAAAAAGGCCUUUGAAUCAACCUAUUUUAGAGAGAAAAGAAGCUGGUUAACAAGGCAAGGGAAAAGAAAAUGUUGGGAUAUUCGUAAAUUGACGUCAUUCGUAAAUUGACGGCAAGGGAAAAGAAGCUUUUGGGAUAUUCGUAAAUCUACGUCGUUUGAUUAUUUGGCCUUCCUUUCGGUAUAAACAUUGCGCCCAAACUAUAUAUACAUAUAUGUCCUUGAAUAAACUCCCCAAAAAUCUAUUCUAGAGAGGAAAGAAGCCGGUUACCAAAACAAGGGAAAAGAAACUGUUGGGAUAUUCGUAAAUCGACGUCAUUCGUAAAUCGAUGUCAUUCGUAAAUCGAUGGCAAGGGAAAAGAAGCUUUUGGGAUAUUCGUAAAUUUACAUCUUUUUGUUGUUUGGCUUUCCUUUUGGUAUGAACAUUGCGCCCAAAUUAUAUACAUAUAUGUCCUUGAAUAAACUCCCCAAAAAUCUAUUCUAGAGAGGAAAGAAGCCGGUUAACAAGACAAGGGAGAAGAAACUGUUGGGAUAUUCGUAAAUCGAUGUCAUUCGUAAAUCGACGUCAAAGGAGAAGAAGCUUUUGAGAUAUUCGUAAAUCGACGUCAUUCGUAAAUCGACGUCAAGGGAAAAGAAGCUGUUGGGAUAUUCGUAAAUCGAUGUCGUUUUGUUGUUUGGCCUUCCUUUUGGUAUGAACAUUGCGCCCAAACUAUAUACAUAUAUGUCCUUGAAUAAACUCCCCAAAAAUCUAUUUUAGAGAGGAAAGAAGCCGGUUAACAAGACAAGGGAAAAGAAAAUGUUGGGAUAUUCGUAAAUCAACAUCAUUUGUAAAUCGACGGCAAGGGAGAAGAAGCUGUUGGGAUAUUCGUAAAUCGGCGUCAUUCAUAAAUCGUCAUCAAGGGAGAAGAAGCUGUUGGGAUAUUCGUAAAUCGACAUCGUUUCGUUAUUUGGCCUUCCUUUUGGUAUAAACAUUGAGCCCAAACUAUAUAUAUAUAUAUACUUGAAUAAACUCCCCAAAAAUCUAUUUUAGAGAGGAAAGAAGCUGGUUAACAAGACAAGGGAGAAGAAGCUGUUGGGAUAUUCGUAAGUCGGCAACAUUUCGUUAUUUGGCAUUCCUUUUGGUAUAAACAUCGAGCUGAAACAUAGGCCUUUUAUAUAUCAACUCCCCAAAAACCUCCUUUAGAGAGGAAAGAAGCCAAUUCACAAGGCAAGAGAGAAGAAGCAGUUGGGAUAUUCGUAACUCGACAACAUUUCGUUAUUUGGCGUUCUUUCCAUAUGAAGAUCGAGCCGAAACAAUAUAUAUAAAAAGGCCUUUGACUCAACCUAUUUUAGAGGAAAGAAGCCAGUUAACAAUACGAAGGAGAAGAAGCUGUUGGGAUAUUCGUAAAUCGACGGUGUUUUGUUAUUCGGCAUUCCUUUUGAUGUAAACAUUAAGCCAAAACUAUAUAUAUAAAGGCCUUUUAUUUGUCAACUCCCCAAAAGCUUUCUUUAGAGACGAAAGAAGUUGAUUCACAAGGCAAGGGAGAAGAAACUGUCGGGAUAUUCGUAAAGCGACAACAUUUCGUUAUUUGGUGUUCCUUUUGGUAUGAAGAUCGAGCCAAAACAAUAUAUAUAAAAAGGCCUUUGUAUCAACUCCCCGAAAACUUAUUUUAGAGAGGAAAGAAGCUGCUUCACAAAGCGAGGGAGAAGAAACUUUUGGUAUACUCGUAAAUCGACGGCAUUUCGUCAUUUGGUGUUCCUUUCAGUAUAAACAUCAAGCCAAAACAAGGGAGAAGACACUGUUGGGAUAUUCGUAAAUGGACAGCGUUUCGUUAUUUGGUGUUCCUUUCGGUAUGUAGAUCGAACCGAAACAAUAUAUAAAAAAAGGCCUUUGAAUCAACUCCCCACAAAACCUAUUUUUGAGAGGAAAGAAGCUGAUUAACAAAGCAAGGGAGAAGAAGCUGCUGAGAUAUCCGUAACUCAACAGUGUUUUGUUAUUUGGCGUUCCUUUCAGUAUCAACACCAAGCCAAAAUAAUAUAUUUUUUCCCCUUGUCUUCACCCAAAAUCCCAUCCAAGACUAAGCUUGCUAUGGCUUCAGUUGUGUCCCGAUUUUGGCUAACUUUCCUGUUCAGACCAAAACCCAAACCGUAUUUGUUACCACCAAUAUCAUAUGAAUUAUUUCAGAGUGGCAUUGCAGUCACCAAAGAUGCAUUUGCUUCCUUUCAAUCCUGGUUUUGAGAGACGAGGUCGGUUUGGAGAAGGUUUAAAAAGUGCUUAACACGAAGAUAUUGCGAAAGGAGAAAUGGUUUUAUUAUAUACCGUAAGGAACGAGUUGCGGGAGCUUAAAUUUCAAGAGGGAGGCUUCAGACUGUGACCGAAUCUGAUUCCCGAUCAUUGAAUAUCUCCUCCUGCAAUUGGCAUCCCGUUGGAGACAUUCCUAACGUGACGUAAGCCGACGGAGAUGGGAUGUUGCGAAAGGAGAAAGUGUUUCAAUUAUCCCGGAAGGAACGUGUUGUGGGAGUUUGUGUUUCAAGAGGGAGGCUUCACACUUUGGCUGAAUUCAAUUCCUGAUCGUUGAAUAUCCCCUCCCGCAAUUGGCAUCCCGUUGGAGACAUUCCUAACAUGAAGUAGGCUGACAAAGAUGUGGUGUUGCGAAAGGAGAAAUUGUUUCAUUAUAUACCGGAAGGAAUGUGUUGCGGGAGUUUGUGUUUCAAGAGGAAGGCUUCACACUUUGGCCGAACCCGAUUCCCGAUCGUUGAAUAUCUCCUCCCACAAUUGGCAUCCUGUUGGAGACAUUCCUAAUGUGAAGUAGGCCGACGGAGAUGGGAUGUUGCGAAAGGAGAAAGGCUUUCAAUUAUCCCAGAAGGAACGUGUUGCGGGAGUUUGCAUUUCAAGAGGGGAGGCAUCACACUUUGACUGAAUUCGAUUCCCGAUUGUUGAAUAGCUCGUCCUACAAUUGGCAUCCCGUUGGAAACAUUCCUAAUGUGAAGUAGAUGUGAUGUUGCGAAAGGAGAAAUUGUUUCAUUAUAUACCAGAAGGAACGAGUUGCGGGAGCUUAAAUUUCAAGAGGGAGGCAUCACACUUUGGCCGAAUUCGAUUCCCAAUCAUGGAAUAUCUCCUCCCGCAAUUGGAGACAUUCCUAAAGUGAAGUAGGCUGACGAAGAUGUGAUGUUGCGAAAGGAGAAAUUGUUUCAUCAUAUACCGGAAGGAACGUGCUGCGGGAGUUUGCAUUUCAAGAGGGGAGGCUUCACACUUUGGCCGAACUCGAUUCCCGAUAGUUGAAUAUCUCUUCCCGCAAUUGGCAUCCUGUUGGAGACAUUCCUAAUGUGAAGUAGGCUGACGAAGAUGGGAUGUUGCGAAACGAGAAAGGCUUUCAACUAUCCCGGAAGGAACGUGUUGCGGGAGUUUGCAUUUCAAAAGGGAGGCUUCACACUGGCCAAAUUCGAUUCCUGAUCGUUGACUAGCUUGUCCCGCAAGUGGCAUCCCGUUGGAGACAUUCCUAACGUGAAGUAGGCCGACGAAGAUGCGAUGUUGCGAAAUGAGAAAGGCUUUCAAUUAUCCCGGAAGGAACGUGUUGCGGGAGUUUGCGUUUCAAGAGGAAGGCUUCACACUUUGGCCGAAUUCGAUUCCCGAUCGUUGAAUACUUCGUCCCACAAUUGGCAUCCCAUUGGAGACAUUCCUAACAUGAAGUAGGCUGACAAAGAUAGGAUGUUGCAAAAGGAGAAAUUGUUUCAUUAUAUACCAAAAGAAAUAUGUUGCGGGAGUUUGCAUUUCAAGAGGGAGGCUUCACACUGGCCAAAUUCGAUUCCCGAUCGUUGACUAGCUUGUCCCGCAAGUGGCAUCCCGUUGGAGACAUUCCUAACAUGAAGUAGGCUGACGAAGAUGUGAUGUUGCGAAAGGAGAAAUUGUUUCAUUAUAUACCGGAAGGAACAUGCUGCGGGAGUUUGCAUUUCAAGAGGGGAGGCUUCACACUUUGGCCGAACCCGAUUGUUGAAUAUUUCCUUCUGCAAUUGGCAUCCCGUUGGAGACAUUCCUAACAUGAAGUAGGUCAACGCAGAUGGGAUGUUGCAAAAGGAGAAAUUGUUUCACUAUAUACCAAAAGGAAUGUGUUGCGGGAGUUUGCAUUUCAAGAGGGAGGCAUCACACUUUGGCCGAACACGAUUCCCGAUAGUUGAAUAUCUCCUCCCGCAAUUGGCAUCCUGUUGGAGACAUUCCUAACGUGAAGUAGGCCGACGAAGAUGGGAUGUUGCGAAACGAGAAAGAGUUUGAAUUAUCCCGGAUGUUGCAAAAGGAGAAAUUGUUUCACUAUAUACCAAAAGGAAUGUGUUGCGGGAGUUUGCGUUUCAAGAGGGAGGCUUCACACUUUGGCCGAAUUCGAUUCCCGAUCGUUGAAUACCUCAUCCCGCAAUUGGCAUCCCGUUGGAGACAUUCCUAACGUGAAGUCGGCUAACGAAGAUGUGAUGUUGCGAAAGGAGAAAUUGUUUCAUUAGAUACCACAAGGAACGUGUUGCGGGAGUUUGCGUUUCAAGAGAGGAGGCAUCACACUUUGGCCGAACACGAUUCCCGAUAGUUGAAUAUCUCCUCUCGCAAUUGGCAUCCCGUCGGAGACAUUACUGAAAUGGCACAGAAAUGGGGUCUUCUCCCAGAAACCUUCCUCGAUCAAAUCUUGCAUUUCUGGCCACAAUAACGUCUAGAGUAGAAUUUUUGUAAAUAUUCAUAAAUCGACGAUAUUUUGUUAUUUGGCGAUACUUUCGGUAUGAAGAUCGAACCGAAUUUUUGUUGUGGUGCCGUAAAAUGCACAACUGCUCCGCCAUCAUUGGGUAGGCUCUUCAAAUCGCAUUCUUCACCAUCUUUGGAUUGGCUCUCCAAAUCAUACUUCUCAUAUUACCAACCAAACGUUGAUUUGAUUUCCGCGGCAACCUCAGUGGACAAUCCGAGUCCUUCGUGGUCAAGUUGUGGAAAUGGGGAAAGGUCCAAAUGGGAAAAUAGACCUUCCUCGCCGAGGAACGUGGAUGGAAGGACCUCCAAAGGACCACGGGAUGGCCAUUUCUGGCUCAUCUUCAGCUUCAUUGCACAUCUUUAUUUUUCUCUCUCCAUGGGGUGGGUUUGAGGUUCUUCCCAUUCUCUGUCUACGGAGCCUUCCUUUCUUUGGGUCAGCAUUGGUGGCUUAAUGCAGAACGCUAGCCACAUUCGGCUAGUGCUUGGCGCGUGGCUUGCCAAACCAAGGGACCCAUUGGUUCUUCCUAAUCCAGACCCUUUAAGCAUUGCUUAUAUGUGUGUGUGUGUGCGGCAUUCGCACCCAGAACAUGCGAAGUGUCGGAGAAUGCUUCCAAAACAAAGCCAGGUUGGGUCACUUUGGAGUAGGAUGCGUCGUUGGGAAUGCAGUUGUUUUGAAAGCGAAUGUCAACACGAUGGUAGGAUCCGUCAUUGUGAAUCCAGAUGAGAUGUCAACAUGGGCCUUCUUGUUGUUUCUCAUCGUCUGGACGAACAGGAAGAGGAAGUCCUAUGCGCGUGCCCACACCACAUAUAUAUCCCAUUCUUUCCCUGUAAAUGAUUGGAACGCAUCCACCGGCUUCAUUAAAACCAAUGCGAGAUGUUUGUAAA